GGCUUACACGCACAUGCAUUCAUUAGUUAAGUUAGGGUUCAAACACACACGCACUCCCCUCACAGACAGCAGAGACAGACGGAGAGAGAGAUAGGCUGGUGGCAUCCAUCGUCCAUCCACGAGUGACUCGCAUCGCACACAUCCCACCCACGUAUGUCAUUGAUUCACACAUCCGCACAAACACGAGGGGGAAGGGAAGUCCAUCACAUCAGAUCGCAUUGCAGGACGGCAGGCAGGUAGCAGCUAGCACUUUGAGAAAGAUCGAUCAAGCCGGUCUGUCUGUCUGGGCUUAGGCAGCGCACUUGUUGAAAAAGAAGAGCACUAGGCGUCAUCUCCUCUCUCUCUGCUCUCUCUCUCUCUCUCCCUUCGCAGGCUCUCUGUGUCUGCGUGUUCAGUGUAGCUCUCGACACCCCCCGUGCACCCGUGCCAACGACGCAUGAGUCGGCAUCACGCGCAAAGAUGCGCGGGGAGUAUGAGAAUCCACGCUUCACACGCAGCCAUGGAGCCUUUCUGGCACAUCAUGAGAAUAUAACGGGGCGAAUCAAGCUGGCAGGGAGGGAGGGAAGCGUCGACCGACCGGUCCUUGUGUACUGGAUGGAUGGAUGAAAAGUCACCAAGACUGUGUGUGUGUAUAUCUGUUUGUCUUGGUGUGGUGUGGUGUGGGGGUAACUAACAGAAAAAACUGUGUCAGCAGCGGGCCGGGACAGCCAGCCGGCUGGUAGUGUACACGCACACGCCAUACCCCACCAUAACACACCACACCACACCACAUAGCGCAGCAAGUAGGUGAGUGAGCUUGCAAGGAGAGCAAGUAGUAACUGAGUCAGUGAGUCAGUGAGUCAGUCAGUCAGUCAGUGGGUUGAGUUGAGCAAAUCGGUCCAUCCACCCACCCAUAUAUCCCAGCAAUCCGAUCCGGAUAACAAACACAACACGGGCUGGUAUGGAAAAAUAUACAAUCCAUACGCGCACACAGCCACACACACACACGUGAGCGAUCCUUCCCUCCCUCCCUCACUCACUCACUCACUCUCUGUGGCUUGCCACAAUGCUGUUAACAACACGAAACGAACCCCUCUCUAUAUGGCUCUUCGUAACGAACGCAAUGACACCAGACCGCCGCGCUCUCUCUCUCUGCCUUGCCGCCCCCUCUAGCUCGCUUGCUGCGAUGUACACACCCACACUCACAAUAUCCCACCCCACUCCCUCCCUGUGCGAUGCACAAAGCACUGCACCGCAGCUGGAAGCGUCAAAAGACGACCGCCCCCCGACAGUCAGACGCGAGUGCGUCUUGUCGGGGGCAGCGUCAAAACUGUCCCCAUAAACCACAGCGCAUUGCUGCCACUCCCUACCCUAUAGUGCCGUGCCCUCCCCUCCCCUCCGCCUCUCACACUGAUCUGAUCCAUACAUAAACGUUUGUCAGCCAGUCAUAGAUAGCAUAUAUGGAUAGAUAGGUCACAUCACAUCACCCGCCCCGCCAGCAACCGACCUGACCUGACACGACACACCCGGACCGAACACACACAGAGACACACAGCCAAUGGAAUGCAUCCACCCCAUCCCUUGAUUGAUUGAGGGCGUCAAUCGGUCCUUUGUCUUUACCUUGAUAUGCAAAGAUCCGUGUCUCUCUCUGUCAGCCCCCCGCCGAGCCCCCCGUCCGUGGCGUCCCCGUGCCAACACGGGACCGCUUCUUCACCUGUGGCGGCAGCGUCGCGGCCAUGCUGCACGCAGACGACCCGCUCCCACUGCCCCCCGUACCCUUGCUGCCGCCCGAGCUCGGCAUGCCGUUCAUCGGUCCAUGGCUGCUCGGGUGUGGGCCAUCCAUUGGUGCCCCGGCCGACUCGCCGGACACGCCCGGGGAGCUGCUGUCCUCUGAGCAAACCAUCCUCACGUCCUCGGGGGACACACACGGACCCAUGGUGCUGGUCGGGACCUGCUGGGGCGACACCUGCAUCGGUACCGCACCGCCGCCACCUGACGACCGGUGGCUCGACGAGGAUGGCGCCUGUGUUGUGGAUGCUGCUGCUGCUGGGGGUGCGGGUGACAUGUGGAAUGAUGGGGGCUGAGGGUGGUGGGCGGGGGCGUGGGAAUGAUGAGCCGCAGCGGCCAUCUUCUGCGCCUCCAUUGUGCGGGGUGAGAGGGGGGGCCAGAUGGUGCUGGGCGGCGACCGGGGGGAGAGGUCCCUCUCCCUCGGCGACAGGGGCGGCCAGAUGGUCGACGGCACGUCACGCGGGCUCUUCUCGCCUUCGCCAGCCUGCUGUGGGUGGUGGUGGGGCGCCUGAUGCUUGGGCAGCUGGAUGUUCUUGUGGGUGUGGGCGCGUCGCAUGGCCUCGCUGCCCUGCCUCUCCUGCUCGAUCGAGUCACGCCGGGACGAUGGGAGGCUCUGCUGCUCUUUGUGGGGGUGGGCCUGCGCCUCUGUGGAUGCGGUCGCAGCAGCAGAAGCAGCCGGGGACAGCACGAGUGACGGCGGUGGGCGGGGAGGGGCGAGCGCCGCUCUGAAGAACACACACAGCACACACGAGAAACACAAAAAGAGAGAGAUAUGAUGAUGCAUCGGGUGUGUGUGUGGUCCAUGUGUGGUGCAGGCGUGUGUGUGUGCGUGUGUGUGUUGCUUACUCGCUCACCUCACUGAGUUGAACCAGGAGUGGGUGAGUGCCUGUUCGGCGGUGGGCCGGUCCUGCGGGUUGAGUUUGAUGAGGUGCUUGAGCAGGUCGAUGCCGGCCGGCGACAUCCUCUCCUUGACGGCCGUCGCGAACUCGCUACCGACCUGCCGGAAGAACUUCUCGAUCCCAUACGUCAUCAGGUAUCUGCAGAGAGAGAGAGAGAGAGAGAGAGCGAGAGGCGGACGGACACAUACUAUAGUUAAUGGAAUGGGUAUCAAUCAGGGGCGUGUGGGUGCGGUGUGGGUGGCCUACGUACGUGAACUUGAUGGCGACGUUGAUUUUGUCGUACAUGUUGGUGUGCUCGAUCAUGUAUUGCCCCCUGAGCGGCACCGUCAGGAGGUGGAAAAAUAUCAUACCCACCGAAAAGAUGUCGGCCUGAUGGAUGGAUAGAUGGAUGGACACACACACACACGCACACAUGCCUCACCCUCUCGCUCUCUCUCCGUGUGCACCCGCCGCGCGUCGCGUACCUUGGGGCCGUCGUAGGGCUUCUUGGUCCACAUAACGGGGUCCUGGUACUUGUUCUUGCCCCUCUUGUCAGGGAUGGGCAGGUAGGGCGACUCACCCGGCCGAGCACUAGGGUUGGGCCUCAGCCGCUGCGCCAUGCCGAAGUCGAUCAGGAUGGCGCAGUUCUGGUUGGCGGGGCAGUCGUAGCGCAUCAGCACGUUCUCCACCGACAGGUCCAGGUGGACGAUGCGGUGGGCGUGCAUGAACCGCACACCGUCGAGGAUCUGGUAGAUGAGGCGCUUGAGGCUCUCCUCCGGCACCAUCGGCUUGGCGGUGAGGAACUCAAACAUGUCCCCGCCGGCGGCAAACUCGCUGACAAAGUACAUGUUGUGCGCGUCCUGCCCACAGUCGAUCCACGUGGCGAUGUUGGUCGCCGGCCCGUUCAGAAUGGUCAGGUACCGGAGGCAGCCCGUGUCGCCCAGAGGCUGCUCCGUGUCGCGCUUGGCCUGGGCCUGCUGCACGAAUGACUUGGGCACCAUCUUGACGGCCACGUGCUUCUUCUCCUUGUGGUCGUAGUGGAGGUAGACGUGACCCUUGUUGCGCUGCGCCGCCUGCAGGACGCGGAUGGCCUCGUACCGCCCCUCGCCGGUGCGCUUGUCGUACUCCUGCCAGACGCGCACGAUGGCGUAGUCGGUGGGCUCCCAGGGGUGGCCCAGGAACCAGGGAAGGUCCCCCAUCCGCUGGUCGUACGCCACACGGUAAGGGGGAGGCGCGAACACCUCGUCGAGCAACAUCUGCACACAGCACAGCCACGCACAGAGAGAUGCAGCAGCAGCUGAUAUGCGUGUUCGAAUGCGAUGCGUCGGUGUGUGUGUGCGUGUGGUUGCUGCGCUCAGCUCACUUGCUCUGUGGGGGAGGGGGGCAGAGGGGGAGGGGGAGGGUGUGGCUCGUUCGUCGUCAGUCUUGCUGGGAUGAUGUGGGGAGCGGCUGAUGGGAUCUCUCUCGCAAUGGCUGGUGUCACCACAGCGCCCGCUUGCGUCUCAUCAGACACAGACAGACAGACAGGACGCUCGCAGAGAGAGGCGCACUACUUGGAAGGAAGUCUAUGGCUAUGGCUGUGGAUGCAGUCAAUGCCUAGCCGCUUGACUUGCUGCAGAAUUGCCUGUGUAUUCUCUAGAGAAUAGGCCGAGGGAACAAACAGGAAAUCCUCCUUUGGUGACAUCAGACAGCCUCUUUUACGAAAUGCAU